CUGCAGCUGGCACGCGCCCCCGAUGACGUGAGGCGAAGCGCACAGAGGGAACGUUUUUUAAACAAGCCGUUGUCCCGCUGCGCGCGCUGCGCUCUCUACUUCUACUUACAAAACCCUUGACAAUAUGUUUUUCUGCCACAAACGCAACUUUCUCGACUGAACUCGCCAUGUAGCGUGCGCGCGCCGACGGAGCUGGAUAUAUAUAUAUAUAUUUUUUUGUUUUACGGCGUCCUGCGGUUCGGGAGCAGCGGAGCAGAGCGCGCGACUUGCUGGUCCGUUGUGCGGGACUCUGUGACCGUCGGGGCGGACGGGCCACGAUGCUCCGGCCGUGGGCUGCGCACUGGAUCGCAGCAGUGCUCCUGUGCCGGGCGGUGGCGCAGUACUCCAGCGACCAGUGCAGCUGGCGAGGAAGUGGUUUGAGCCAUGAGUCUCAUCGUAGGGAUGUGGAGCAGGUCUACCUGCGUUGCUCUCAGGGCUCUCUGGAGUGGCUGUACCCCACAGGAGCCAUCAUUGUCAACCUGCGACCAAACACAGAGCCCGCAUCGGGACACACGGCAGGUUUUCACGUGUGCAUCAAACCCCAUACUCACUCCCAGGGCUCUCAUUUGUAUCUGGAGCAUAACGGGGAUCUGAGGAUGCUGCUGGCAGAGCAGGACCAGGCUCAGGGCACAGUGCACUGUUUCAGCCUGGCAGAGGGAGCUCUCUUUGUGGAGGCCGUCCCUCAGGCAGACAUCAGCCGGAGGAUCACAGCUUUCCAAUACGAGCUGGUGUCCAGUCAGGGGCCUGGAGCACACUUGUACCCAUACCUGCACCCUGGUUUAGUCACCUGUGAACCCUGUUCAGAUGAAGAGGUCCUUAUGGCUGUGUGUACCAGUGACUUUGCUGGCAGUGGCGUCUUUGGAGGUGUAGUCUCCGGUACUAACGACCACUCUCCUGUUGUGGUGACUCUGAGUCGACUGUUUCGCCAGAAGAGCAGGGUGUUUGCUUGGGGUGGAGCCAGAGGGCGGAGCUGGCGUGGCCGUAUCAAUGUACCCACACAAUGCAGUGUGCAGCCUGGAGGGGACGAAUACCUUUUGACUGGCUCGGUCCACUUUGGCAAAGCCUGGCUUGGCUGCGCACCUCGGUACAAGGACUUCCAGAAGCUGUACGUCAGAGCACAGAAGGCAGGAACCAACCCCUGUGAAAUAGACACGGACUGAGUGAUCUACUCAAAACACGGUGGAGAGCCGCUGAGGAAGAUGCAAAGAGGAGCAAGCUGAGAUUUGGAGGGUGGAGCGACAUCGUCUUUGAGCCUGGCAGAGCGAUACGCAGGGUUACAAACCCCCGGCCAUCAUUAAAGGAUACUUCUGCAGGCCUUUUACAAUGCUGGGCAACUUAUUGUCGCCUUGCAGCAGAAAAGACAGCUGGGCAGUUGGAACAUUUUAGCCAAUGAGCUGCCAACUAAAAGGUCCCCAGUUGACUGUAUACUGUGUGUGUGAAUAUGUUUGUGAAUGAGUGAGUUCAGUGAAUGAAUGAUGAUGAGCUUAACUUAAUUUUGUGCCUAACUGGUUUAUGUUUUAAUUCUCAUGACGAUACUGCUUGUGUGAUCAUUCUCAAAAUGAAUGUUUGCUUUGUAAAAAGCUUUCUGUAAAAUGUAAGAGUCUUCUGACAGAAGUGUACCAUAUGCAGCUCUGUGAGUCUUUAUGUACCAAGUGUGUGUGGUAAAAAUGAUGAGUUCAGAGGGUCUUUAUAUUUACAAAAAAUAAAAAAGCCAUCCUUCA